AAUCUACCCUGAAUCUAAACUUCCUAACAUCCACAUAUGGUUACAGUGGGCCCCAGAAAUGCUAACAAAGCCUAUAGAUGCAUACGCCUCUAUACCUAGCUUGCAAUACCAAACGCAGGAUUUGGCUCUAGAACGUUGGAUAGAGAGAGGAGUAACCACGCUUUCACACCUAGUGAGAGAGGGUGGGUUGUGGCAGUUUCCUGAACUUCAACAAAUGUAUCUCCUCCCUGGUAUGGAAUUAUUUACAUACCUACACAUUAAACACAUCCUGAGAGACAUAGCAGUACCGGCAGGGGACACUCAAAAGCUGCAUGCAUUAGACACAAUGUGCCUGGGUCAACAGACUCCUGCCAAACCACUUUCACUGUUUUACCAACGUUUAUUAGGAAUGGACAGACUAGCUAAAUUUAGACAUAUGCAGUGGGAGGAGGAGCUUAAAUGCACGAUUGAGCCAAGCAGGUGGCUUGCGGCAAUGACGCUGGUGAAAAAGGCCACACACUGCUUAGACCAUGUAGAGGCAGCCUACAAAUUGUGGAUGAGAUAG